AUGGCGAAGUCACCGGAGCAAGAGCACCCCGUGAAGGCCUUUGGAUGGGCAGCCCGGGACUCUUCGGGGCUCCUCUCGCCCUUCAAAUUCUCCAGAAGAGCAACAGGAGACGAGGACGUAAGGUUCAGAGUUCUUUAUUGUGGGAUAUGCCACACGGACCUUCACAAAAUCAAGAACGACUGGGGCACGUCCACCUACCCACUUGUCCCUGGGCACGAAUUUGUUGGGGAAGUGACAGAAGUUGGGAGCAAGGUGAAGAAAGUUAAAGUUGGAGAUAAAGUGGGCGUUGGAUGCAUAGUUGGUGCAUGCCACACUUGCGAGAGUUGUAACAAUGGCCUUGAAAAUUACUGUCCCCAAUGGAUAGUCACCUACGAUUCUGUUUACCACGAUGGAACAAUCACAUAUGGCGGCUACUCUGAUACUAUGGUAGCUAACGAACGCUACAUCGUCCGAUUCCCGGAAACCAUGCCGCUUGACGCUAGCGCUCCACUGCUUUGUGCGGAGAUCACAGUGUAUAGUCCCUUGAAAUAUUUUGGUCUCGCCGAGCCGGGCAAGCAUAUUGGAGUUGUUGGCCUAGGUGGGCUUGGUCAUCUAGCGGUUAAAUUUGCAAAGGCUUUUGGGGCGAAAGUGACGGUAAUUAGCACCUCCAUUAGCAAGAAGGAUGAAGCUUUGGAACAUCUUGGUGCUGACUCUUUUUUGCUUAGCAAUGACCAAGAAGAAUUGCAGGCUACCAAGAAUACAAUGGAUGGUAUCAUUGAUACGGUAUCUGCUGUACACCCCAUUUUGCCAUUAAUUGAUCUAUUGAAGUACCAUGGGAAGCUUGUUUUGCUAGGUGGACUAGAAAAGCCGCUUGAGCUACCCGUCUUCCCUCUACUUUUUGGUCGGAAGAUGGUUGCCGGAAGUGUCACCGGAGGAAUGAAGGAGACACAAGAAAUGGUAGACUUCGCAGCAAAACACAGCAUCACGGCAGACAUUGAGACUAUCUCGAUGGAGUACGUGAACACGGCGAUGAAGCGCCUUGCUAAGGGUGAUGUUAAAUACCGAUUUGUCAUUGACGUUGGAAACACCUUGGCCGCUACUAACCCUGAAGACUAUCAAUUAGUACGAGGUUUAGUCAAAUUGUCCAUAUUCCUCUUGCUCGAUCUCCAACUUCAAGCAACACACUCGAUCAGUUCUCUUAACCCUAAAACUCUUAUCAAUAUGACCACAAAGGCACCAGAAGAAGAACACCCGGUGAAGGCCUUUGGGUGGGCUGCUAGAGACCAAUCUGGGCAACUCUCUCCGUUUAACUUCUCUAGAAGGGCAACUGAGGAAGAUGAUGUCAGGUUUAAGGUGUUGUAUUGUGGAAUAUGUCACACCGACCUUCACAGCAUCAAGAAUGAUUGGGGCUUCUCUAGCUACCCUCUUGUUCCUGGACACGAAAUCGUUGGGGAAGUGACAGAAGUAGGGAGCAAGGUGAAAAAAGUUAAAGUAGGAGACAAAGUGGGUGUUGGAUGUAUGGUCGGUGCAUGCCACUCGUGCGAGAAUUGUAACAAUGACCUUGAAGUUUACUGUUCUGAAAUGAUAUUCACCUACAAUUCUGUUUAUCACGACAAAACAAUUACAUAUGGAGGCUACUCAGACACAAUGGUAGCUAAUGAACGCUACAUCGUCCGAUUCCCAGAAAACAUGCCGCUUGACGCUGGAGCUCCACUCCUAUGUGCUGGAAUCACAGUGUAUAGCCCUUUGAAAUAUUUCGGUUUUGCCGAGCCGGGAAAGCAUAUAGGAAUUGUUGGCUUGGGUGGGCUUGGCCAUGUUGCUGUUAAAUUUGCCAAGGCUUUUGGGGUGAAAGUGACGGUAAUUAGUACCUCUGCUAGCAAGAAGGAUGAAGCUUUGAAAAAUCUUGGUGCUGACUCUUUUUUAAUUAGCCGUGACCAAGAACAAAUGCAGGCUGCCAUAAAUACAAUGGAUGGUAUCAUUGACACGGUAUCUGCCGUGCAUCCAAUUUUGCCAUUAAUUGGCCUAUUGAAGUCCCAUGGAAAACUUAUUAUGGUGGGUGCGCCGGACAAGCCACUUGAGUUACCUAUCUUUCCUCUACUCAUGGGAAGGAAGAUGGUUGUGGGGACUGCAAUUGGGGGAAUGAAGGAGACACAAGAGAUGAUCGACUUUGCAGCAAAACACAGCAUCACGGCAGACAUUGAGACUAUUUCAAUGGAGUACGUUAACACGGCGAUGGAGCGUCUUGCUAAGGGUGAUGUUAGAUACCGAUUUGUAAUUGACGUUGGAAAUACGUUGGGUGCUACCAAGCCUUGAAGAUUAGGUUGUCUUUAAUUUAUUGUACGAUUGGAAAGAUCUUGUUUGAUUGCUUACUAUUCGCAUGUAUUAAACACUAGAACCUUGUCAUUUUUAUUAUUUAUUGAAUAUUUGAAUAACUAAUAAAUGGGCAUGGAUGUUCGUGGUC